UCGACUCCACAACAAACGCUUCAGCAUCGGUCAAUCGCGUCCACAACACUGCGCGUUUCGAUUCCCUGUCCAACAGGCUAAAGAAAGGCCUUUAGUUGUUGAAGGAGAUGUUUUAAAUUGUUUAUUAAAGCUCUGAACAUGGCGAACAAUGUGUGCGAACAGCCUCGUGUAAUACACCCGCGUGGUGACGCAUAAUCUGCAGGGUCGCGAGAAAAGAUAAGGAGGACCUUGAGGAUUGUGGUCGGAUAAAUGCGCAAACCGGAUAAUAUCGCGUUUAUUCCUCCUCGGUAACCGCACGGGAUUAGAGGAUGGCCGGAAUCGGUAACGGUUCAACAUCUGGGAUGGGUGACAUCAUCCAGCUAAAUGUCGGAGGAACGAGGUUCAGCACAUCACGACAGACUCUAAUAUGGAUUCCUGAUUCUUUCUUCUCAAGUUUACUUAGUGGGAGAAUAUCAACACUACAGGAUGAAACUGGAGCCAUAUUUAUUGACAGAGACCCAACAGCAUUUGCACCAAUUUUAAACUUCCUUCGGACUAAAGAACUGGACUUAAGGGGGGUGAACAUAAGCAUCCUGCGACAUGAAGCUGAGUUCUACGGCAUUACACCCUUAGUCAGACGUUUACAUCUGUGUGAGGAACUGGAGAGAUCAUCGUGUGGAAGUGUGCUAUUUCAUGGCUACCUCCCUCCACCAGCUCUGCCGGCCCGAAGCAAUGCUGGUGGGCAGACGGCAGCUGCCGCAGGCCAAGACGAGCGCUCGGGUCCCAGUGGGGCAGAGGGGGGCUUUCCCCAGUCUUCUCUCCCCGGGCCCUCCGGGGCAGAAGGACCUCAAAGACUGGGCUCUCCGGUCGACCCCAGGAAGGUGCUGAUCAUCGCUGGCCAUCAUAACUGGAUUGUAGCCGCCUAUGCACAUUUUGUCAUUUGUUACAGGAUCAAGGAAUCUACUGGCUGGCAGCAGGUGUUCUCGAGCCCUUACCUGGACCGGGCUAUCGAGCGUGUGGCCCUCAAUGCUAAAGUCGUAGGCGGCCCACAUGGAGAUAAAGACAAGAUGGUAGCAGCAUCGUCGGAGAGCAGAAUCAUACUCUGGAGUAUCCAGGAUGGAGGAAGUGGAAGUGAAAUAGGUGUGUUCAAUCUUGGAGUGCCUGUUGACUCGCUGUUUUUUAUUGGGAGUCAGCUUGUUGCCACCAGCCACACAGGGAAGGUAGGGGUAUGGAACGCCGUCACCCAACACUGGCAGGUGCAGGAUGUAGUGCCAAUAACAAGCUGCGACACUGCCGGAUCCUUCCUCCUGCUCGGCUGUAACAACGGCUCAAUUUACUAUAUUGACAUGCAGAAGUUUCCACUGAGAAUGAAGGACAACGACUUACUGGUGACAGAACUGUACCACGACCCAUCCAAUGAUGCAAUCACAGCCCUCAGUGUCUACCUGACUCCUAAAACCAGUGUGAGUGGGAACUGGAUCGAGAUCGCUUAUGGAACCAGCUCUGGGGCUGUGCGGGUCAUUGUGCAACAUCCCGAGACUGUCGGAUCUGGACCACAGCUCUUCCAAACCUUCACGGUCCACCGCAGCCCCGUCACAAAGAUCAUGCUUUCAGAGAAACACUUAGUGUCAGUGUGCGCUGACAAUAACCACGUACGCACCUGGACGGUGACACGGUUCAGAGGCAUGAUCUCAACUCAGCCGGGAUCUACUCCACUGGCUUCCUUUAAGAUCAUCUCGCUGGAGGAGACGGAGAGCCACAGCAGUUAUUCGUCCGGCAAUGAUAUAGGUCCUUUUGGAGAGCGAGACGACCAACAGGUGUUUAUUCAGAAAGUCAUUCCUAUUACCAACAAAUUGUUUGUUCGGCUUUCUUCUACUGGAAGAAGAAUCUGUGAGGUGCAGGCGGUGGACGGAACCACCAUCACUUGUUUCACGGUGCGAGAGUGUGAGGGCUCUAGCCGCAUGGGCUCCAGACCGCGCCGUUUCCUCUUUACCGGCCAGGCAAACGGGAGCAUUCAGAUGUGGGACCUAACCACUGCCAUGGACACGGUCAACAAGAACGACGACAAAGCCAAAGGAGAGCCAGAAGUGGGUGGCCCGACAGAGGAAGAACUGCUGAAGCUCCUUGACCAAUGUGAUCUGAGCACAUCCCGUUGUGCCACACCCAACAUCAGCCCCGCCCCCUCCGUACUACAGCAUAGCCGGUUACGGGAGUCCUGCUCCAGUCUCCAGCUGCAGGCUCAUGACCCCAUUCCUGAAACAGCCACCUACGGAGCCCUACGGCCAUACAGAGAGAGCCCCCUACUGGCUCGUGCUCGACGCACCGAGAGCUUCCACAGCUACAGAGACUUCCACAGCUUAAACCUGACCAAGGCCAUGCUGGAAAACACCGGACACUGUGGAUCCACAGAGGACGACGUGCGUCAUCCUGCAGUAGAGAACAGCUCUGAAGAUGGGGACAAAAGGAACUCAACGUUGGAGCUGUGGGGUUGCAGAGUGUCCGAAACGCAGUCCGCAGCUGCAGGCAAACCUCCUGACAGCCCCGGAGACCUGAGACGAAGGGCUCAUCUGAUGGAGGAGGGGGCUGCGGACUGUAGAUCGGAGGGGGUGAGGAGGAGGGGGACGUUUGAAACGAAUUUCCUGAGCAGGAGAAAGGCACCUCCGGUUCCACAGCUGAGCCCUCCACCUUCGGGGGGCGACGGAGGGGGCAGCGACUCAUCCAGCACUGCCUCACCCUCUCCGACUAAAGUGUCCACAUCUCCACGUCAUCGCAAGUGUUCUGAAACUGCAUGUGAGUGAUGGUUUACACAUGUUUAAGGGUUAGAGGUCAUACCAAAUAAUAAUAUCUGACAGGUGGAAGGAAGUUUAUUGGAUGAUUUUUGGGAAGUGUUUCAGGUGGAAGUGAAUGUGUUUGUUGAUUGGUUUGGAAGGAGAGCAGCUGGCAGCUAACAAACAAAAGGGAAAUAUGUGAUGCAACAGUUUAAUAGCAAUUUUUUAUUAGUAAGCAUGUAACUAGUCAUAAUGAAUCAUGUACUCUCUGCUGUUUAGACUUCAGCUUUACGUGUUUGCACCUUUAAUGCAAAAUUUAAGAGCCAUGUGUUUGUUUUGCCCAAUACUGCCUUGCUAUUUGCUUAUGUUAUUUUUAAUAAGUGGCUGUAAAUUUCCCUGUUGCUACUUUCAGCGGAACAUUUCAAAACACUGUGAUGCACUUUAUUGUCAAUCUUUACUUGUAUCCGUUUAUCUUGAAUAGAAGGAUGAUUGAACAACUGAGGUUCAACUAAUUUAACAAAGUUUAAACGCUGUAGAAACUAUGAUGCAUUUCUUUCUGCAUUGAUCCUCCGUAUAUCUGUCUGUAUUAGAGUUUAUUCAGUGCCUUUUGCUCAUUUAGAUCAGGCCCGGCACCACAGGGGGGCCAGGGUGGGCUUUGCCCACCUUAUCAGAAGCUUUGCCACCCUGCGUCCACCCAGAGCCGUUGAGAGAGAGGAUCUGUGAACCGCCGUUGCUGUGAAAAACUGUUCCAUUGCAGUAAAUGGGUCCUGCACGGGUCCUGUUUGAUAAACCCGCAGUAAUUAAAAGAACACCCGAACCGACAUCCGACAGCAGCACUAAUUUAAUUCCAUACCCGACCCCACCCGUUUGACAAAAAUGCCGCACCCCGAACCGCACCUGCAUUACAUCUACAUGAUGUAGACAAAACCAUUUAUUUUCUUACGCAACAAGUAACAAAAUAUUAGGAAGAUCCUGGUUAAUGCAUUUUUAAACAUAUAGUAACUCAAUAUGGCAGAGUUUCGGGAGAGACAACCAAGACUGAAUCCACUAAAAUAGUGUUAGCUAAUAUAGGAGAUAUUCUAUAUUUGAUUAGUGAUUUAUGAAAUAUGUUUUGAUUCAUGCAAAAUUAGUUAAAAUAGCCUAUAUUGUUCAUGUGAUAUUAACAAUAGUUUCCAUACCAAAGCCGCUAAAGGUUAAAUAAAGCUUAAUGCAGAAAAGGGACAGGAGCAUGAUGAGCUCAAAGUUGAUUUAAAUUGUGAUAAUGUAACGAGUCCUCACUAUAGCUGGCUGCUGUCCAUCAUCAGUUGCACGCGAUUGGCUACGAUGCUCAAUUCUGCAAAGCGAGCUGCAAUUAGAAACAAGCUCUUCAGGCAGAGCUUGAACACAACUUCGCAAUAGCUGAGUCGAAAUAGUCUUGGCUACUGGAUCCACGUUCCGCCCGUGCGUAUUAUUUCCCGACCCACACCCGAACCCCAAAUGACACAUAAUUAUUACACCCAUUACAUCAAAUAUUAGCGGCUCACCCGAUGGGUGAUGGUUCUGACACCAUUCCGCCGAACAAUGCUUCAUGAUGAGAGGAAAAAAACUUGUGAAAAAGCAAUAACACAUAGACUGGACAUGGAUGAGUUUGUGACAGAAUUCUCUAAAAUGAGCAAAGUUAAUGCUGUGAAUAUUAUAGUGAUCUGAAUAGCUCUUUUUAUGUUUUCAUCAAAUCUAAAGUUACUAAUUCUAAAAUUUAAAAUAAAUGUAAAUGUAAAAAGAUAUGUAGGCUAUAUGCAUAAGAAUGUAAAAAUAAAAUAUACAAUAGUAAUAAUAGCUUAAUAGUAAUUUAGUUAAUAGUUUGGGGCAACACAAAUAUAUUGAGUUACCCCCCCCCCUCUGCCCACCUGGAAAAUCACUUGGCCCACCUUUCAUCUCAUAUCUGGAGCCAGCCCUGAUUUAGAUACAGCCAUUCUUGUGAGAAAUCAAAAUGUAUUUUGGUUUUUCCGUUUUGGUCUUUCUCAUAGACUUGAGGGUUGACAGACCUUUGUCACAUAUCGCAACGGAAGUAAAACUGGUUAAAAAAUUAGUUUUACAUAUUAAGCAGGACUUUCAGCCAACAGGUUCAAAUUCACAUACCUAAAUAUCAGCAUCAUGUAUUAUUUGGAUUAUAAGAAUACGAGUUAAUUGUAACAGUGAUUUUUCAUAUCUUUAACACAACUUCAAGGUGAAUUUUGUUAUUUCUAAUCCACUAGCAGUGCCCAACAAACAAACCACAACCUCAUCUGCCAUUGUUGUGAAGUGAACAACUGCCACUUUAGAAGAUAAACUAACACUUAAAACUGAUCACGCAUCCUGUUUUGUCAUCACAAAACAUAUAUUUAUCAUUUGCACUUCUGUUGUUAAGAAUACCUGGUAAAAAAUAAUUUAUGUUUGACAUGACUGACGCUAAUAUUUGCAUUGACUCACAAGCAGGUUGAUUUUGUUUUUCAACCAUUACACUUUGUAUACACAUUUUAUUCCUUUAGAGAGAAAUGUACAGUAUAUAACAUUAAUGAUGCGUAUCCAAUGUUAAUGUGUCUAAAUGAAGGGAUAAUAUUUGAAGCUAUGUGAAGGAAACUAUAUGAUCUCAUUAUUUCUAUGCAAGUGAAAUGUUUUCACGGUGAGUGUUGACAGCAGACUACACAGCCCGAAAACAAAAUAAUCAAAUAAAUAGCCGUUUUAACAAACAUAAGGGAUGAUGUAUUUCUCAUGAAUAAUUUGCAUGUGACACAAAAUUCUUGAUUUGAUUGAUAGCAGUGUUUUUUGUUACUACAAAUGCUUUAAAAUGUGAACAUUUGGUGAACAAAAUUUAGGUGAACAAAAUGUAACUGCUUAGUUUGUCACCUUUAAACUCGACCCCUCAAUAUACUGUGUAGUACUGUAUAUUAACAAACUGUUGGCAAACAAAAAUCAUGUUUAAUCAAAUUAACUCAUUGAAAAGCUUUCUGAAAUGUUUUAACAAAAGGGAUUUUUUCAUUGACAAAGAGUAUAUUGCUUGCUUUCAUAAAUACUGUCUCGACCUGAUUUCUGUGCGUUUUCUGUGCGUUUCAGCCUUGACAAUGAAAUACAGUUAAUGGAAUAAAAGUACAGUUUGUGCUAUGAAAAUAAUGCUUGUGUGAAAGUGUAGAUUAUAUUGAAACUUUUAAAGGUACAUGCGCUACAGUACUCAACUUCUGUCAUCUGCUGUGACACAAUAAAAAAACA